AGAUUUCCAAAGUCAACAGGAAAAAUCGAUGCGCCGCUGGGAUUGAGCCAGCGGGCGCGCAGUCCGGCUGAGUGAAAGGGUCCAGGGGCAUAGGUCGGGGUAGCAGGGGAGGCUAGAGACACACCUGGACGGAGCAGCCCAAUUCCUUCCAGCUGUUGUUAGUCCGCCACGAUGACAGCUCGAGUCCCAGACCCUCGGGAGAGCCCAGAAACUACGGCUAAGGAGAGGGAGAAGGAAGUGGGGGGCCCUGGCCCCAGAAGGGAUAAAUCAUGGUUAGUGCGGCACUUCUCCCUGCUCCUCCGGCGAGACCGACAAGCGCAGAAGGCCAGCCAGCUCUUUUCCGGGCUCCUGGCGCUCAACGUGGUGUUCCUGGGGGGAGCCUUCAUCUGCAGCAUGAUCUUCAACAAUGUGGCCAUCACCCUGGGAGACGUCUGGAUCCUGCUGGCCGUGCUUAAGGUGCUGGCCCUGCUCUGGCUGCUUUUCUACGUGGCGGACACCGUCCGUCGGCCGCACGCCGUUCUGUACCGGGACCCCCAUGCGGGGCCUGUCUGGGUUCGGGGCUCCCUGCUGCUGUUCGGCAGCUGCACCAUCCUUCUCAAUGUCUUCCGAAUCGGCUACGUGGUCAGUCACAUCCACUGCAAGUCCGAGGUGGAGCUCGUCUUCCCCAUCAUUGAGAUGCUCUUCAUCAGUCUCCAGACCUAUAUGCUAUGGAGCCACAGUAAAGACUGUGUUCAGGUCCAGAUGAAUCUCACCAGAUGUGGACUGAUGCUAACUAUGGCUACCAACCUGCUCCUUUGGGUCCUGGCAGUCACCAAUGAUUCCAUGCAUCGGGAGAUCGAGGCUGAACUGGAUGCCUUCCUGGAAAAGCUCACAGGCAAUGAGACCAACACUUGCCUUUGCCUCAAUACAACGAUAUGUGAAGUCUUUCAAAAGGGUUACUUGAUGCUCUACCCCUUCAGCACCGAGUACAGCCUCAUCUGCUGCUCCGUUCUCUACGUCAUGUGGAAGAACGUUGGCCGGAAGCUGUCCCCUCACGUAACCGGGCCCUGCCGGCCCAACUUUCACCUCCACGGCGCCAUCUUCGGUCCCUUGUUGGGCUUCCUGGCUCUGGUGGCAGGGAUCUGCGUCUUUGUCCUCUUCCAGAUCCAGGCCAGCGGACCCUCCAUUGGUCCCCAGUACUUCACCCUUUACUACAGCUUUUACGUGAUUAUCCUGCCUGUCAUGACUCUGGCGUGCUUGAUGGGCACAGUCAUCCAUGGACUGGAAGAGCGAGAAAUGGACACAGUCAAGAACCCCACUAGAAGCCUGGAUGUGGUACUUCUUAUGGGGGCUGCUCUGGGCCAGAUCGGGAUCUCCUAUUUUUCCAUCGUGGCGAUUGUGGCCACCGACACCCAGAAGUUGCUCAACAGACUCAUCCUGGCUUAUUCAAUCCUCAUCAUCAUUCAGCACAUCACCCAAAACCUCUUCAUCAUCGAGGGUCUUCACCGGCAGCCCCUCUGGGAGGGACCCAUCCAGGCCCAGGGCGAUAGCAUCGAGGAGGGCCCGCCGGGCCUUCGCCGGGGAUCCAUGCUGGAGCUGGGCCAGGGCCUUCGUAGGGCAUCCCUUGCCUACAUCCACAAUUACAGCCACCUCAACUGGAAACGCCGAGUUCUUAAGGAAAUAUCCAUCUUCCUCAUCAUCUGCAACAUCACAAUGUGGAUAAUGCCAGCAUUUGGCACACACCCAGAGUUUGAGAACGGACUGGAGAAAGAUUUCUAUGGCUACAGGACUUGGUUCACUAUUGUCAACUUUGGUCUACCUCUGGGGGUCUUCUACCGCAUGCACUCUGUUGGUGGGCUGGUAGAAGUCUAUCUGGGGGCCUGAUUCGAGGCAGUCUACAGCAAGACAGCCCAGUCAUACCUGGAACUGUUCCUGCUUCUUUUCUCCACCUUGAUCCCAAGCCACACAGUUCCAGGGGCUAGAAGACCCCUGCCCCAAACCUCUGUUCCAUCCAUAGCCAAGAUCCAAAUAUCCCCCAUCUGAGCAAAGACAGAGACUAACAGAGUGAGUCCCUCAAAGCCUCACUGGUUCUCAGAACCAUCAGCCUGGAGGUUUGGGGACACUUUGCCGUCUUCCCCAGAUGCUACAGUGAGGUGCUAAUGGGAGGGCUAUACCUGUGUAUGUUUUUAAUGUAAUGUAAAAACCUGAGAACCCUAACUGGCAGAGUGGGCAGUCCAGUCUGGAACAUGUUGUGGCUCUUUCGGGAGCCAGAGUGGGAGCCUGAGCCUGGGGUCUGUGUGAGAGUGGGGAAUGGGAAGGAUGUUUGUACCCUCUUCCAGCAAAUAUCUCAGCAGGCCAGGACCUGCCUGCCUUCGUUAAUCCGGCCACUGCUCAGAGCCCUCUUCCCAAACGAAGUCAGAGCAAACUUUGAUAUUUGGGGCCACUCCACCCAUUUACUAAUCCCUCCCUCUCUUCCACCAAGUCUCCCCCCCCACACACACACACCCUGUCAGCUAAUGAGCCCAUUAAUUAACUGCCAAGCUAUGUUGAACUCCUCUCUCCUGCUGCCAUAAAACAUGUUUGUUUGAUUGAU